CGUUGACAAAGUUUGGUGCAUAGUUUUGUACUUUCAUAAAAUACACUGAGUUCACCAUUCACCAUGAGUUGGCCCUUGUUUCUGGUAUUGAUGAGAAGAUGCGAUGUGACGGUGGUUCAGGACCAUGCGCUGGGACAUGCCUGGCCUCAUCAGCAGCAGACCCAAGACGACGAAGAUGAUGACGAGCACGAUGGUUACAGUACUGCCUGCUCCUCUUGCUGCGCCAGUCACCUAGAGUGCGAUGUCAACUCUUCGGAUGAAGAAGAUCACAGCCAUGCUCACCCCGCCCCACCCUGUCGUUGGCAAGAAGACUGCCCCCAUUCCAAGUGCUGCCCCAAGUUGCCUUGUCGAGUUUCAGAGAGAGAAGCGAGAGAAGUAUCAGAUGAUGAGGUGGAGGAAGAAGUGGAGGGUUGCUGUAGUGACACUCAUGAGCAUGGGCAUGAGCAUGAACAAAAGAAACAUGAUCACCACCACCAUACCCAUACCCAUGACCACAGUCACAACCAUGGCCAUCACCAUCACGAGGACGUGGAAGCGCUCAAGGAACAGGAUCUGCACAGCCGCUUAGUUACCCCCAAACACAGUCUGAGCCCUCCAGCACGGCCUCGUCCUCACCCUCAUCCCCGGUCCACAGCAGCACAGCUUCAGAACAGCCAGAUUUACAGCUUGCCCGCGUAACUUUAGUUGCACUCUACGUGCUACCUGCUAUCAAGAAGCUAUCCUGCAUGCACCAGCCACAGUUUUGCAAUCCAACCUCAAACAAAGUUUUGUCUAGUUUUCUACCAGCACCAACAUAAACAUGCAUGUUAUACAUAGCCUACUAUAUUUUUAAAGCACCACACCAUUUGAUUCAUA